GUUUUAACAAUACCGCUCAGCUGGUUCGUAUGAAGACUGUAAAUACAUUUUUUAAUUUAAAUUUUAAAUAUAAAGCGGUCAAUUAUAGUAAUUUCAAUUGCGAAAUGGGUCGUUGUUUUGUUGGGGAAAUCGCAAUACCAGCAAACCAAGUAAAUCUGGAGGUUUCGUUAGUUGGCGGACAAAGCUUUCGAUGGCGGAAAGUCGAUACGACUGAUUCCAAAUUGCCGCACUUACACGGCAUUGCAUACAACGCCUACUGGGAGCUAAGCCAAAGUACCGCGGCUAUUUCCUAUAAAGUUUAUCCUGCGCCAGAUUUGCCGGAAAUGAAAGCUAACUAUUAUGGGGACUUGUUGCGACGUUACUUCCGUCUUGAUUUUGAUUUAAACGAAAAUUUAAAUAAAUGGCGCGCAGCACAUGAACAUUUUGCAACUAUAACGCCACAUAUGAAGGCGGUGCGUGUGCUGGAUCAAGAGCCGCUUGAAAAUAUUUUGUCAUUCAUAUGUAGUCAAAAUAAUCACAUUAAAAGAAUUUCAGCGAUGAUCGACUGGUUUUGUUCAAAAUAUGGCUUACGUAUUGGAAAAUUUAAUGAACGGGAAGAGUUUACCUUUCCUACCUUAGCGGUUUUGGAAGAAAAUCAAAAAGAGCUGGAACUCAACUUGCGUGAAGCCAAAUUCGGUUAUCGUGCAAAAUUCAUCGCUCAGACUGUCGCGAAAAUCAUUGAUUUCGGCGGCAAGGCAUGGUUUGACAAACUACGUGAAAUGUCCUAUGCAGAUGCACGACAGGAACUCGUACGUUUACCUGGUAUCGGUUAUAAAGUUGCCGAUUGUAUUUGCCUUAUGUCGCUGGGCCAUCUGGAAGCGGUGCCAAUCGAUACGCAUAUUUAUAAAAUUGCACAAAACGUGUAUAUGCCCAAAGAGUUGGCGAAAGUGAAAACAGUGACACCGCGUAUUUAUGAGGAAAUAGCAAAUCAUUUACGCAACAUUUACGGACCGUAUGCUGGUUGGGCCCAAGCUGUGCUAUUUUGUGCCGAUUUGCAACAAUUUCAAACAACAAAGGAGUCAGCUAAAAAAUCGACCAGAGAAGAUAAGGAGAAAUCGGAGAGUUGCGGCAGUGCUAAACCGAAAAAGAAACGAAAAUGAAAGGCUAUAUCUUGCUGCAUGUUCGUUUUUUGUUUUUCUAAAUAAAUAUAUGUAAUUUUUUUUAUUGUUUAUUGUAUUUCACGUUGUUGUUUCGUAACAAAGUAAAUUUCCUUAACUUUUUAAAAUUAA